UUGGGAAUCCUGGAAGUGGCGGUGGUUGGGGAGAGUUUCGCGGCGUCCGAGAACAACCGCGAAGGGGCAAAAUGUCGGAGAGGAAAGUGUUAAAUAAAUACUACCCGCCAGACUUCGAUCCAUCUAAAAUCCCUAAGCUUAAACUUCCAAAGGACAGGCAAUAUGUGGUCCGGCUGAUGGCUCCCUUUAACAUGCGGUGCAAAACCUGUGGUGAGUACAUUUACAAAGGCAAAAAAUUUAAUGCCCGGAAGGAGACGGUCCAGAAUGAAUCAUACUUGGGGCUUCCCAUAUUCCGGUUUUACAUCAAAUGCACCCGCUGCCUUGCAGAAAUCACGUUCAAGACAGACCCUGAAAACACAGAUUACGCCAUGGAGCACGGAGCCACCCGAAACUUCCAGGCCGAGAAACUUCUGGAGGAAGAGGAAAAACGUUUGCAGAAAGAAAGAGAAGAUGAAGAGCUGAACAACCCCAUGAAGGUUUUGGAGAACAGGACCAAAGAUUCCAAACUGGAAAUGGAAGUUCUGGAGAACUUGCAGGAGCUGAAGGAACUCAACCAGCGGCAGGCCCACGUUGACUUUGAGUCCAUGUUGCAGCAGUACAAGGAGUUUGAGGAACAGCAGAAACAGCGGGAGUUGGAGGAGGACGAGCUUGAGAUGAAAACAAUGCUGGAGCAAGCCCAAAGCAGGAGACUGCUUGAAGACUCCGAUUCGGAGGAGGACCCCUUGCCAGCUCCCCCAAAACAGCUUGCUCAAGGGAAGCCCACCGACAUCUUGCAGCAGGAUUCAGAGCCGCAAGCUAAAAAGCAGAAGCUGGAGAGUUGGGAGAGGGGAGUGGGAACGCUCUCAGUGAAGACAAAACUGUCAGGAUUGGUGACUGCCAAAAGGAAGUUGGUUUCCGUGGUGGCCAAUGGAGCAGGAAGCCAGGAUACGCCGUCAGAACAAGGAGGUGGGAAGCAGAGUGCUCAAGGCACUUCUACAGGGACCCCGCCUGGCUCGGGCACGGGGGUCUCUUCCCUCGGCCUUCUGGGGACUUACUCCGACAGCGAGGACAGCAAAAGCGACUGAAUUCUUGGGACGAGGAAGGCUUGUGAGGUUGCGAGGAAACCUUCUCCAGCCCCCUGCUUCUGAACGGCCUGUGAGCAGAGGGGCGUUCGUCCUGUGGGGUGCUGGCUGAAAUCCAGGAUGCCCGAUUGGUCCAGACUGAUGCCUGUCACCGUCACCCCUGUGACCAGCAAGUACAACAAGGACCGUUACUUUUUCGAGGAUGAAGAUGGUGGGCAGAGUGGUGCCCUCCCUCAAGCAUUUCCUAGCGCAGCUCUUGCUGAAGUACCUUCUGACGGUCUCAGUUGAAUGAAAAGAACAGCCGUCUUCACUCGUCCCCCCUCCCCCCAAUCUCUUCCUGUUGUUUAAUGCAGUGUUCCUCAACCUUGGCCACUUUAAGAUGCGUGGACUUCGACUCCCAGAAUGCUGGCCGGGGAAUUCUGGGAGUUGAAGUCCACCCAUCUUAAAGUGGCCAAGGUUGAGAAACUACUUUAAUGGACCUGAAACAUUUGGAGCAAACCAGUCCUGCUUCGGUCUAUCAGAUGGGCCUGUUCCAAAGCAGAGAAGAUGCCAGAGUUCACCCUGGUUGCGUGGAUUUUUUUUUUUUUUUUUUAAACAGCAGCUUUUCAGAAGAAGGCUGUCCUUUCUAGGCUGGGGAAAUGGUGGGCACAGAGGCUAAAUCCCCUGCGUCCCAUUGUUUUCCCAGCCUGCGUCUUGCUCAUGGCAGUUGGUAAUAAAUAAAUCCCAAGCUCCCCAGAGUUUUGCCCGUGACCACAGAGUUCAUGGAUUCAACCACCUGUGUUCUCAAGCGAGAUCAGCAUAUAACCUAAUAAACGAUUGCCGGGUGAGCGUG